AUGUUCAAUAAUCGCCAAAACUCGCAGAAGCCUGAUGGCGAAUUCAUCACUCGGUUCCAACAAGCUUUCUCGGACAUUGUCCCCCGAAGGGACAGCCGCGGAGAGCACGACGGAACCGAUGGUGGAGACCCCAUGAUGAUCCAAAGGCAAGCGGACAACUCUGAUAUGAAGAUGGAAAGUCACGACGUCAAAUUCUCUGUGAACCCCAAUAACGAUCGCACGCCGCGGAACAUGCACGAAUUAGGGUUGACACCUUCAUGGAUGGAGCCUGGAUCUUAUUCCAUGAUGCCUCUUGCCAACCAACACCCUGGAUUUUACACACCGAAUUCCGGGGGAAUGGGAGCGAUCUUCCAUAACCAAGCUGGCGAUCUGCACACCCCAACAGGCAUGCACUUGAUCACGCCACUCUCUCUUUCCGGCGUUUCUGCUGCAAACCAUCCGCAUGCCAGCGGCUUCGAGCCCUUCAACCCACAUUUCCUGAACGCCAUGAACGAAUUGAACCCAUACGCCCAGCAGUCCUCCUACGCCCCGAGCGCUUUUAUGCACCGUGAUGCGGGAUACGAUGUCAUGGAUGAUACCAUGGACAAUUCAUCUUUUAAUGAUGUGCACGCUGAUACCGCAUCUAACAUCACCGCCUCAACCGACUUCUCAACCCAUGAGAGUGGUGGUGGCGAUAUGUCUUAUGCCAAGGGCGAUAAAUUCCGCUUUAAUAGCUCCCUCCGAGCACCGACAGCAAUGGUGAAGAACAAAAAAGAAAUUCCCAUCACAUAUCUCAAUAAGGGACAAGCAUACAAUCUCUCGGUCCUGGACUCGUGUCCUCCAAUGGGGACUCAAGAGCCAGUCCGGUACAGGACAUGUGUUCGUGUCUCUUUUGAAGAGCCAGAACAAAGAGCCAAGCCAUCGACAUGCUGGCAACUGUGGAAAGAAGGACGAGGCACCAGCGAAGCCCAUCAACGCGGGGGCAAAUUGUUAGCGGUCGAGUAUGUGGAUCCACUGCAGGGCGGCGGUGACGUGCACAAGCAUCGCCAAGUCCAAGUUGAAAGCAUGUCUGUUGACGGCUUCUGCGUUACCUGGACUGCUAAUCCAGCAACCGGUAUCUCCGACUGCCAUAUCCCUGUCCGUUUCAACUUCCUUUCCACCGAUUUUAGUCACUCAAAGGGUGUCAAAGGAAUUCCUGUUCGACUGUGCGCUAAGACCGAGCUGAUCUCGCCUGGCGAGGAAACUGGCGUUUCCCGCGAGAUGGAAAUGUCUUAUUGCAAGGUGAAGCUUUUCCGGGAUCAUGGAGCCGAACGGAAGCUCUCCAACGACAUUGCACACGUCAAGAAGACAAUCGAGAAACUUAAGCAGCAAAUCUCACAGGCCGAGAUGGGCGGUGGCUUCGGUAAGCGCAAGCGUGGGAACAAUAAUUCAUCUUCUUCCAAGUCGAACGACCGAUCCAUGAAGCCUGCCGGCCACAAACGGACUCGGUCGAUGGGCUCAGACGACGGUCCACCAGAGAAGAUAUCACUUGAGGAUGAUCUUCAAUCGAAACUUUCCAUGAUGCAAGAAAUGUUUUCCUCCACUCGUCCAGUGAGCAUCCUUGGCUUGCGCGGCGAAGAAGCCGAUGACCCCGAUUUGUACCCGAUCAAGCUUGAUGGCAACACUGUCAGAUUCGAGAAAAUGAGCCGCCACAAUACAUUCGACAUGAACUCCGUAGAGUCCAUGAUACCGUCACCCGCCAACACCAACACUUCUUCCUCGAAUUCUCCACCUUCACUCCCUACAAGAUCAGCGAAACAUUUAAGCACCAUCAAGCGAAACCCUUCAUCUGAAGGGGUUCCACGAGGUUUUCUCCACGCUGUUGGUAUUGACAAGUUAUACCAACCCCCGGUCGAAGUGCGACCCAAACCAAUUGCGUGCUUCUACGUUCGUUGCCCUACAAUCGACCAAAAUCCCAAAGAAUGCUACCGUGCCAUCUAUCUCUCAGAACGGACCGUUCGAGAUUUGUUAAAGCAAAUAUUCGAGUCUUCGGAUAUCGACCCAUCUUGCGUUGCACAUGUCAUGCGCGUAAACGAAAAGGGUUUGCGAAUCACGGUCGAUGACAAUGUGGUGCGCGAGCUUCCAGAGGGCCAGGACAUGAUCAUUGACAUCAGUGAGGCCUCUGGCCCUGGUGAAAGUGUCUCCGGCACGUCAGGACCUUCCCUUGAUCUAAAAUUAAAUUACUGA